AUGGUCAGACGACAUACCCAACAUCGUCCAACAGAUGAGCUAUCUGCACGAAGACGAAUCUCCUCGUCUCAGGAACGAGACCGCUGGAUGAAAGUUCAGGAGACAAUAACGCUCUUUACGAAGGCUGGGUUCACGGCCACGGACUCGUUGAUCGCAGGGCUCCAACCUUCUGUUUUCGAGGUGAACAUGAAUUGUUCACCUGGUAAAGAAUCGCACCGUCCCAGUACUGGGGACAGGCUUGUCACUGUUUUGAAGGUAUUUCGCUGCGACUAA